GUUUGCAAUCUCUGAAGGAGAAAGUGCCCACAGCCCACCACAGUUGUUUGCAGGAGUGUGGCAUUGUUGACAUGACCAUAGUGUGCUUCUCAUUGCUUACCCGUGUAGUCAUGUGGUUUAAGAUUGCUCUGUUCACUGUUUGGAAAUUGCCAAUUUAUUGCAGAGGGUUGAAUUACGAAAUCGCGUAAAAGUUUUGCGGAAUGGCAACUCAGGAAACUGGAGAAGAAAAUCAGCAAACUGCAAGUUCCCAAUCUGUUGGUUUCAUCGGAGCAGUGGAAGCAAAGUAUAGGCAAAUCAAAGAGCAUGCAGAGACCUAUCCUUAUGUGUGGGCUUCCUACAGUGUUGUAUAUGGUGGUUUGGCCCUUUGGACUACCUACAGAUGGAGAAAGCUUCGAAAAACUGAGGAUCGAAUACGAGCUCUUCAGGAGACAUUACGCAAGCAUCAUGCAGCUGAGGAGCGUGCAAGUGCAACCGUUAGCUCAAGCACAAAUCGGACCCCUGCCACCCCAGUUCCAAAGGUCUCUCCACCAUCUGUUGACAAAACUUCUUAGUACGUAGUGAAGUUAUUGAUCCCCAAAUAGUGAAGAUCAAUCAAGAUUUUGUUCAGCUUUAAAAAAAAAAUUAAAAAAAAAAAUUUCUACCAACUUGAAUACAGAUUGCUUGGUACGGAUGUAGCUGAUAGUUGGAGAGUGCAGAUGUUUAAUGUUAUAGGAUGAAAAGUUAGAAACUGAUAUUCAUUGCCUUUAAGCAGAAGAGGAUACUAAAUGCAACAUGUCAUCCUCAUUUUUCUUGAUGAUGAUUUCCCCAAGUUAAUAGGGGUUUGUAUUGAUGUCCCAAAGAAAAGCAGAAACUAUGUAAACUGAGUUCUGAGGUUGCAGACCUGCAGUAGCUCAAUGUAGCUAUCCUUGCUUUGUGAGGUACUAACCUUUAUCAGAACAGAUGAAAAGGACA